CUCUGGGUUGAGGAAAGUGCAGAGAGCCUUUAUUAUUGUAUUCCUCAAUUGUUCACCGAGUGGAGAGGGUUGCAGUUAUCUAGAGUAUCUGAUUGAAUUAUCUGAAAACGAUCAUGUUGAAGUUUGGAGUGUUACUCGGGGUGUUCCUGGUGUUCUCCCAGGCAUCCGCUGAAUUCUGUUACAACGACGUCGAAGGGGCUUGCAGCACCAGACCCACCACAAGUGAUGGAGCUCUUCUCGCUAACUGCAAUGCAAAAUACGGUUCGUUCGAGGCUCUUCAGGCUGAUCUCCAGGCGUACGCCAAUGCUCACAUUGAGACGAGCUUCGAAUUUCUGCUGAUGUCCACUCAUUUCGGUAAUUACGAGGCCAAUCGGGAAGGAUUCAAGGCACUCUACAGGAAAUUGUCUGAUGAAAAUUGGAACAGGGCCAUUGACGUCAUUAAAUUCAUCACCAAGAGGGGAGGAAGAAUGAACUUCAAUCAGCUGCCUCGUUUCAAGAGAAAUACUAACGAUCGUGUCCUGGAGUUGAACGAAUUGAACAGUCUGGCCAAGGCCCUUGACACUGAGAAACAACUGGCAGAUGAGGCCCUUCGUAUCCACUCACAGGCCCAGCAUCACACCAAAAUGGAUGCCUCAGUUGCUCACUACAUCGAGGAGAAGUUCAUCGAGGAUCAAGCUGACACUGUGAGAAAUCUCGCUGGUCACACCAACGACCUCAAGAACCUCCUGGGAGAUCGUGAUGCCUCUGUAUCUGUCUAUCUCUUCGAUGAAUACCUCAAGUCAAUCUUGUAAUUUCUUCAUUACUAAAAUUAAUCUUCAACGAAACCAACAAUUUCCUUUGAAUUUUCUAUUUGAUUUUUUUAAAAGCAAUUGCGAGUUAAUUGUGUUUAUUAUUAUGAUUAUUACAGACUCAUAUAGGAUUAUAGUUGAUGUAAUUAUUGUUCGGUUCGAUAAAUAAAUCAUUGAUAUCU